AUGCCUCCCCUUCCAGAUUUGGGUCGCUUUUUCUCCCGACUUCCUUGGAGCUCUGAGAAGCUCAUUCACUCGGGAUACAAGCAGAUGGAUCCGCAGCGCAAAAAGAAAGUCCAGAUGAUCACCCUCAGCCUUAUGUUCGGUUGCAUUGUACUCGCUGUCUAUCUAAUAUUGGCGAUGGGAAACGGCGGCCGCAACAAACGGGACAUACGGUGCAGGAGCAGUCUUCAGUUUACCUUGUGCAGGAAGGCAAGGAAGAAAGACUUCUUCUACGACAAGUCCGCGCACUUGUGUCGUUCGAGGCACGAAGAUUUGCCACCGGCCUGUUUGACUGGAAUAAAUCGCUUCAAGUCCCUCCAGAAGUGCAAGCUGGCGUGCCGGGACGUGAAUCCAAUGCACAAGUGCUACGCGCCGGCCGAAUUCAAGCGGUGCGACGCGGAGGACAUCAAGCGCCAGUGGUGGUUCCUCCGGAACGGAGACUGCAGACGGUGGGGUUUCCCAAACUCCAACUGCGUUCUGCCGGGACUGGCGUUCUUUAGGAACGCCGAGGACUGUCGUAACAUGUGCGUCAUCGGGACGGUCACGGAACGACACCCCGCUUGCCGGGACAUGCCCGUCGAACACGUCUGCACACCGAUGGACAUGUACUACUCUGUGUACGCAGUUCUCAAGGGCAACAACAGGUGA